CCCAGUAUCACUCAGAUAUUGUAGUCUGAAAUCAAAACACAACCAUGUACAAGCUGCUGGUCCUCUCUGCCGUUUUGGCGAUCACCGCCGCCAAGCCUAGCGCCAUAAUUGGUGCUCCCUUCGGAUACACAGCUCCCGCUGUGGCCUACUCCGCGCCAGCAGUUGCGUACUCCGCCCCGGCUAUCACCACCGCCGUCGCCCCCGCUGUCGCCCCUGCCGUCGCCACUGCCGUCGCCCCUGCUGUCGCCUCUGCCGUCGCCCCUGCCGUCACCCCUGUCGCCUACAGCGCUCCAGCUACGUUCGCUGCCCCUGCUGUUGCCACCGCCGCCGUUGCCCCCGUCGCGUACUCCGCCCCAGCAGUGGCUACCGCUGCCGUCGCUCCUCUCACCUACUCCGCCGGCUACUCCGCCUACUCUCCCUUCGGAUACUCUAGUUACACUACUCCCUACGCUCUCUCUGGUGUGUCUACAUAUGGUGCUGCCUACGGCUACGGUUACAGCAGCUACCCUAGUUACUACUGGAAGAAGCGAUUCGUUUUUGCCGCAGUGCUAGCGCUUGCUAAUGCCAAGCCCAAGCCCAAUGGAUUUAUCGCGCCAGUGGCAUACUCAUCCCCAGCAGUGGCCUACUCCGCUCCCUCUGUCGCUUAUUCCGCCCCAACAGUCGCAUAUUCAGGCGCAGCUGUUCCUUAUGCUGCCCCAGCUGUUUCCUAUUCUAGCCCAGCCGUUUCUUAUUCUGCCCCAGCAGUUUCGUAUUCCGCCCCAGCCGUCCCGUAUUCUGCUCCAGCAGUCUCCUAUUCUGCCCCAGCAGUCUCUUAUUCCUCACCAGCUGUAGCUUACUCAGCUCCAGCUGUUUACCCUAGACCUGUGGUGAGCUACUCCGUGCCUCCUGUAUCGUAUCCAGCCGCUGUCGGUCCAGUAGGAUACCCUGCCUACUCACCGUUCAGAUAUCCUGGAUACGCCCCAGCACCUGUUUCUUACGGAUAUGGUGUCGGUUACAACGGCUACCCCGUUUACUACUAUAAGAAACGUUAAAAUAUAUUUACAUAUUUACAUAAUAGACCUAAAUGUUUGACAAAAUUAUAAUAUUGUUAUAUCUACCUACAGUGUGUAUAUAUUUGGUUCACUUUUGUUACUCAUGAUUCAGACUCAAAUGCCAAAAGUGACUCCUAUAUUUAAAAAUAAAUUAUUACAAAAUUA